AUGCCACCCAAGCUGGCUUUGAAACAACUUUCUGGGAUGGAGCAUGUUGCGGCUAGGAUAUGUGGGCCUGUGUGUGAUUCAACAUUGUCAGUCGUGCAUAAGGUUUGUUUAGGUAAUGAUGGUGAUGUAAAGUUACAAUACAACUUCGAUACAAAUUUGAUAAGAGAAAAUUUGCUUUUACAUGAUAAAAAGAAGAAUCAUUAUGAUAUUGAUGAGGGGCUUAUGAAUCUUAAAGGUAUAUUGUAUUCGGUGACUGGGUACCAUUUUGAAAAUAAGAACUCAAAUUCAAAUGCGAGAGUAUUCGACUGUCCCUACUUUUCUCUACUAUACUAUCCACCAACCCACUUCCUGGCACUUGCUCGCAAGAGUAAACCUGCCAUUCAUAUAACGUACCCAUCCGAGUAUCUUCUUAAUGCAAACGUUACAAGUGCAACAGCUAGCAUCCAUGAAAGACUAGGUGUUUUCAAAAGCAAUGAGAUGAAGGCUAGGCUGCUUGAAGUAGGAGGCUUAUUGCAAAGUCGUGGUUCGUUGGUACCUAAAGAUUGGUCGUACCUACGUGUAAAGAUACGUAAAGAACUACGGCGCUCAUUUCUAAGUGAGUGGUGUAACCUGAGAGGUCCUGAAGCUGUGAUGGCUAAGAUAUAUCUUCCGAAGGGGAUUGAAGUUGUACCAGAUAUUUCUAGCCUGGUCAUAUCUGAUAUAUUAGACAGUAAAGGGCGUCCCAAAGAAGGUGUAUCCAAGGACGGUGUUUACCACUAUAAAAUAAAAAUAUUUCCAGAUUGUCACACCAAUGACAAUUUUGUCGAUGAGGUCAAAUGUAGUGUACGACAUGUAGCAAACUUGAAUUGGGACAAGUUACUGAUUGAUAAAGGGGCCCGAAAUUGGGUGGAUAAUGCCAAUUCCAACUUGAACCUCUCAAAGUUAAACCGUGAUUUAAGUAAACUUGAGAUACCAUACAAGUAUCAUCUUAUUGAACAUAACUAG